AGUUUAUGAAAAGCGUUUAUAUGGACGUCUGAAAGCAGUUUGUGGGUAUUAAUUCCUUUCAGGGCGUGUGUUAACUAAAGUGGACGGCCUCUAAAUGUGAAACUGUCCUGCGACGAACUGCGACAAGAGUCCCUGCUCUCGUCUAGCUGCUUUUGUUUUGGUAAUAAGCAGGUUGACGGACCCCGGCGCAGCUAACCUGCGGAGUUUCAACUUAAUGUUAGCUCGGCAGCUAAACUAGCCAAAACAGACUGUGUCGCAGUCGGCAGGUCGACCGGCUAGCAUGACAGGGAAAAGUUAGUGACUACGUUGAAAUGGUAGCAAGAUGCUCGGUUAGUUAUCAACACACUGCUGUAAUUUUUUUUAUUCAUCUGUUGCCAGUCGAAGCGGAAUCAGCGUGAUUUGAGGCGUAGCCUUUCGGAGCCCGUCAGAGACUGAGUAGCCUAUCCCAGAGGAUCAACCGUCACACGCUCGAAAUGCUUUCUACUUGUUGUGGCUAACGACUGGCCGUAAAAAUGACAAUGGGUUAUAUCGGAAGCUAGCUCGUUUUUAUCUUAACCGACCAUGUAAGCCGACGUGUCACGAGAAGCAGUUGACUCGUGACCGAUCGCUGUAGGACUGUACAGAAGGAGACAGCCCUCCGAACAACGACAAGAACAGACGCACCGACACUGAGGGUACAUCCGAGCACCCCUCCUCCCCCUCCCAGCGCAGAGGUCCGUGCUCACAGUCCUGUUAACUGGAGUGGGUUUUUUUUUAUUUUGUUUUACCAUUUGACGCCCCCAUAUGCCUGCGCCUACGCCCGUGUCAACAUCCUGAAGGCGGAGAGAGACGGAGGGAGGGAGGCAACGGCAGCUCCGGGGUCCCCGACACUCAGCCGAGGAAAGGCAUCGCUGAAAUGAGAUGAGGCUCAGAAAUGGAACUGUGGCCACUGCGAUUAUUUUCUUCACGUCUUUCCUCAGCCUGUCCUGGUACACAGCGUGGCAGAAUGGCAAAGAGAAGCUGAUAGCAUACCAGCGGGAAUUCCAUGCCUUGAAAGAGCGCCUCCGUGUGGCAGAGCACAGGACGCUGCAGCGCUCGUCUGAGCUCAACAACAUUCUCGAGCAGUUCAGACGCGCCAUUGCCGAGACUAACAGCAGCAAAGAUGCUCUCACAAACUUCUCAGAUGAGACACAGAAACUACUGAAGGAGCUUGCAAAUAGGAAACAGCUCCAGGUGCCAAAUAUCUACCAUCACCUGCCUCACCUCCUCAACAAUGAGGGCAGCCUGCACCCUGCUGUGCAGGUUGGACUUGGACGCACAGGAGUUACCAUGGUGAUGGGGAUUCCCACAGUGAGGCGGAAGGUGAAGUCUUAUCUGUCAGAAACGCUGCGCUCACUAAUAGACAAGCUGUCACCAGAGGAGAAACUUGACUGUGUUAUUAUUGUCUUUGUUGGGGAGACUGACCUGGACUAUGUUCACAGCGUAGUUGCUGGCCUGGAGAAAGAGUUUUCUACAGAGCUGAGUUCAGGCCUGUUGGAGGUCAUCUCCCCACCAGCCACCUAUUACCCUGACCUCACCAACCUCAAAGAGACUUUUGGAGAUUCCAAAGAGAGAGUCAGAUGGCGGACCAAGCAGAAUCUGGACUAUUCCUUCCUCAUGAUGUACGCUGUGAGCAAAGGGGUUUAUUAUGUCCAGCUGGAGGAUGACAUUGUGGCCAAACCUAACUACUUUGCCACUAUGAAGAACUUUGCCCUGCAGCUCUCAUCAGAGGACUGGAUGAUCCUGGAGUUCUCUCAACUGGGCUUCAUUGGCAAAAUGUUCCAGGCUCCAGAUCUAAACCUCAUUGUUGAGUUCAUCUUCAUGUUCUACAAGGAGAAGCCCAUCGACUGGCUGCUGGACCAUAUCCUCUGGGUCAAAGUCUGCAAUCCUGAAAAAGAUGCGAAACACUGUGAGCGUCAGAAGUCCAGUCUGCGUGUGCGAUUCAGACCCUCCUUGUUUCAGCACGUGGGACUCCAUUCUUCUCUUGCUGGAAAGAUCCAAAAACUCACAGACAAAGACUUCCUGAAGCCACUGCUCCACAAGAUGCAUGUCAACCCCCCAGCUGAGGUUUCAACUUCAAUGAAGGUGUACCAGGGUCACACGCUGGAAAAGACAUACCUAGGAGAGGACUUCUUCUGGGCCAUUACCCCUACUGCAGGAGACUACAUCCUUUUCAAAUUUGACAGACCUGUUAGCGUAGAGAGGUUCCUGUUUCGCAGUGGUAACCAGGAGCACCCAGGGGACAAAAUCGAGAACACCACAGUGGAAAUACUGCCUGUCUCGGAAACUGGACUGCAGACCAAAGAGAAGUACAAACGAACAGAGGACCGCUUUUACAGAAUCGGUCAGUUUGAGAGGGGUGUGGCAGAAGGAGCUGUAGAUCCCUCCUUCAAUCCCGUGAUGGCACUUCGGCUUUCAGUUCUCAAAGACUCUGCUGUGUGGGCCAUCCUCAGUGAAAUACAUAUAAAGAGGAUAGCUGGCUGACUGUUCUAGAGGGGGUACAUGAAUCAUGGCCCCUGGGGGACCAAAAUCUCCUAGACUGCUUACGCAGGGCCUCUGGCACCUAGCAACCAGCAGUGAAAUCAUUAGAGCCCACUGGAGUUGCUCGUCUGAGCUUGUCUGAGGAAAGCCACUUCUCUGCCCCCCCCCCCACCCACCCCACUCCUCCUAACGUACUUUGUUAUUUUGCUUCUCAUCAGUCAAUCUCUCCCUUUCUUUCUGCAUCUCUCCCUCACUCUUGUGCUCUUAAUUGAUUUGUGAGAAUGUGAAUACUACUGUCUAAAAACAAAACAAAACAGUGGAGUGUAUGAAGACAUCUGUUCCCAGCUCUGGCUCUGAAAGUGACUGUGUUGCUCAGCAGCUUUGAACACAAUCAGAAAAAUGUCUGGACAAAUGAAGAGAAAUCAUCACAUCUGGGGAGAACCAGUCACCUGGCCACUGGUGUAGAUGCUGCCAAAUCCUUCUGUUACUCAAUGCUGCCACCUUUGGGCAAGCUGGGGUAUUGCACUGUCACUAGCGCCUCAGCAAAGCCUACUAUGAUCAAGAAUGUUGUCAUCACUAAUGGCCAGAUGCUCUCUGUUCUCGGCAGGGAUGACGGAGCUCUAGAUCAACACCAGCCCAAAAUGUUUUCCUCACUCCUAGAGUAUUGUAAGUCACACUCGAAUACUCCACUCGUCCUGAAACACAAACCCAGGAUGAGCUUUUCCAAACUGUUUGAAAAUCCUGCCUGCAUCCAGUCUGUGACAACUUUGACCAUAGGCCAGAUUCCGUGGUAGUUACCCCAGUCCAUGAAGAAAAUGAGUACCAUGACACCAUAUCUAUCUCACCUCCUGUUGGACAGGCUGUGUAUGACCUCAGUGUCCAUUUAUAGUAUACCAAUCAGACAUUGCCUUGGCAUCAUUUUCCCGAAGGAAUAUAUUGUUAUAUUGAUAUAUUAUUACAGCUUUGACGAUCUAUGAAGGUGACUUAAUUUAUUUGAAAUAAAUCUUUAAUUUGUACAAGAGGUAAAAUAUAUUUUUAUUCUAUUAAGAGAUGUUUAUGGUAGUUCAGUCUGUUUUAUUUGUGUACUGUUUUUUUUUUUUUUUUCUAAAUUGCUAUUGUACAUUUUGUUUUCAUUAUAACAGCUUCUUGUGAAAUUGCUUUGUUUGCAAGUAGCAAAUAGCUCGGUUCAGUUUGAUCCAAUGUCUUUCACUUGAAGUGAGAUGUUACAAGUAACACAAUUAAUUUUCACUGUUUAAAACCUAAAUGGUCGGAGAGAUGUGAAUAGAUUCUUUUUAAAUAGUUGUGAGUCAAAAUUAGAAAAAUGUGCCUUAUAUCUAGGUCUCUUGAAAUUGUCUCAACAUUAUUCCAAUCUGUUCCCUCUUACUUUUGCCUACACUUUGAUUGCUGGAUAUACUAAUAUUUUGACAAUAAUACUUACUAUCCAAUUAGUGAUUGGAUGUCAAGAACAAUAUGUGUUUCGCUGAGUGAAAGUGGUAAACAAGGGAUUUUUUGUACCAGAUUACCAUCUGAAACAGUGUGAUUUGCACUGCGUUUUCACUUUUGUGUUACCAUCACAUCUUUCACCAUUGUACUUAAAUUUUUCAUCUUCGCACAGUAGAUGCUCAUUUCACUGACUCCUCCAGAUCCACUUUACUAUUUAUUUUGUCCAGUCACGUAUCUAUUUUUUGAUUGGACAAAAUAUUCUAACUACUGAUCAUUGCAGAGUGCGCCUUUGUGGUAUGAUUUGGCUGACGUUCUGUAGUACUUUCACUGAUUGUAAAUCUAUAAAAACAGCCAACAAGUAUCUCUUUCUCUCUACUCUCUAUUUUGCCUCACUUAAAUGUUUAUUGAAAUUCACUUGAAAUUCACUUGACAUGUUUUGUGUUUGUGUGUGUGGCCAAUGUUCUGAGUGGAAGCUAUUUGUAAGUGAAACUUCACUCAUGUUAUAGGUCAGUGGUUUAUUCGAGGGGGUAGUGAAGUGCCUUUUGGUGGAAUUAAUAUGAAAGUGGGACAACUUUUGCUAGUCAUGCUUGUUCAUAUGCAUGAUCAUUAUUUGUAAUUUAUAAACAAUGUUUUUUUGUAUUAUGUUUUCUUUUUUUUUGUUUUUGUUUUUUCAUCAGAACAGGGUCCUCCACCCCCUGAUUAAACCAUCUAUGUUAGUGCUCAAGAAAACAGAAGUGGUUCAGCCUCUGCCUCUUGAUCAGUCUGUUAAUUGGAAGAAGAUGGGAGCAAGCCAUUUAAAGGGUGGAACUUGUUGUUUUGAAAGGGUAGAAAGACACUUUGAGUACUGCUAACAAGAUUGGCCUCUGUCCCUGUCUCCUGGCAUCCACAUACAAACUGAAACUGAAUGCAUGAAUACAGCAUGAAUGGUCAUGUGAUCCCCUACUGUAUAUGUGGAAGGUGGACAGGGGAAAAAAACAAAAGAAAGGAACUCUUCCCACGCUUGACAACCCCACACACCCAUCAGUUCAUGUGCCUUCAUCAUGUACAUGUGAAUGCCUAUGUCUGAUGAUUUUGACAUCAUUUUCAUGGACAUCUUUGAAAUAAAUGAUAAAAGUUGUUAGAA